CAAUAGAGUCUAGUAUAUGAGUUUACCUAGUCCGGUAGUUGGACAACCUUCAAGGCACCAGUAGCACCAGGGGUGGUACAUGUAGAUCGUCUGCAAGAUGGGUUACAACGUGUUGAAAGAACUGUGGGCCUUCCGAACGUCUGUCAUAUUUUGGUUUGUCCCAAUCGCUGCGUGCCCGCUGCCUAUAUACUUCGGUGUGGCCGAGCCGGACUUUUACAAGCAAGCAGCAUGUGCGUACGUGGUGAUCAUCAUGGCGUUUUACUGGAUGUUCGAGGUAGUACCCAUGUCAGUGACGGCCCUCAUUCCGCUCAUACUCUAUCCGGUCAUGGGGGUUCAGAAAUCUGGGGACGUCAGCAAGAACUACCUUAAGGACACCAACGUGCUGUUCCUGGGCGGCCUGAUGGUGGCAGUAGCUAUAGAACAUGUCAACCUGCACAAGAGGAUCGCGCUCAGGGUGCUGCUGCUGGUCGGGUCGCAGCCAAGAUGGUUGAUGCUGGGUUUCAUGCUGGCCACGGCGUUCCUGUCCAUGUGGAUCAGUAACACGGCCACCACCGCCAUGAUGACUCCCAUAGGAGCCGCCGUGCUGGCAGAACUCUUCAAGGAGGAAGACCAACCGGAUAAGGAAGUGAAAGGUGAAAGAAAUCAAGCUGUUGAGCUGGAUGCGAUUGACGUGGAAGGCACGCCAGUGUAUGACAAUGUAGCAGGAGAGAAUGGAGAAGCUGUAACGCCAGAUCAAGAGAAAGAAAUGCCCGACGUGAUCACGGAUAAAGAAAUGCCCGUAGUGAUCAUCACCGAGAAAGAAUCAUCCCGCCGACAGUCGAUGCAGAAAGGCAUGAUGCUGUGUAUCGCCUAUGCCGCUAACAUCGGAGGAACAGCGACUCUUACUGGCACCGGACCGAACCUUAUUGUCUCUGAACAGAUGGAAAUAAUCUUUCCUGAUGGUCCCGGGAUUGAUUUCGCUACAUGGUUCUUCUUCGCUGCUCCCGGGAUGGUUAUCACUUUGUUCCUGGCCUGGUUGUGGCUCAGUACGAUUUUUGUCGGCUGCAGCUGUGCCGGAGACUGCGCCUGUUGUGGUCAGAAGAAGAGAGGCGGUGCAGAAGAUGUCAUCAGGAAAGCCUACAACGAACUUGGACCCGUCUCAUUCGCAGAGGGGGCUGUGAUCUUCCACUUCGUUCUCCUGGUCUUCCUGUGGUUCUUCAGGGAGUUGAAAUUUGUGGAUCUGGGAGAGAAGCAGGCUGGCUGGACAUAUUUCUUCACUCCGGGUUACGUGACUGACGCCACCGCCGCCAUGAUCGUAGCUUUUGCCCUGUUCAUGUUCCCGUCCCGACCGCCAAGGUUCCUCUGCUGUCGCAGCAAAGACGACGAAGAGAAGCCCGGUCCGGUUCCAGGCCUGCUCGACUGGCCGACCGUUCACACCAAGAUGCCGUGGCACAUCGUGCUGCUGCUCGGAGGCGGAUUCGCACUGGCUGACGGGGUAGAGAAAUCCGGGCUGUCGGCUUGGCUGGGUCAGCAGUUCAGUAAACUUGAGGGAAUCGAGCCUUGGGUCAUCACAAUGAUUGUGUGCAUCGGAGUCGCCACUUUCACAGAGGUGGCCAGCAACGUCACAGCUACAAGUAUCUUCAUUCCCAUCCUGGCACAAAUGUUGGACGAUUUCCAGAGUAGCGUCAGGGCGGGAACGUCUUCCAAGAUGGGAUACAACCUGUUUAAGGAACUCUGGGCCUUCAAGCAGUCUGUUAUAUUCUGGUUUAUCCCCAUCGCUGCGUGCCCACUGCCCAUUUACUUUGGUGUGGUUGAGCCGAGCUUCUACAGGGAAGCAGCAUGUGCCUACGUGGUGAUCAUCAUGGCGUUUUACUGGAUGUUCGAGGUAGUUCCCCUGGCUAUCACGGCCCUCAUCCCGCUUAUACUGUAUCCAGUCAUGGGGGUACAGCCGUCUGGGGAUGUCAGCAAGAACUACCUCAAGGACACCAACGUACUGUUCCUGGGCGGCCUGAUGGUGGCAGUAGCUAUAGAACAUGUCAACCUGCACAAGAGGAUGGCGCUCAGGGUGCUGCUGCUGGUCGGGUCGCAGCCCAGAUGGCUGAUGCUGGGUUUCAUGCUGGCCACGGCGUUCCUGUCCAUGUGGAUCAGUAACACGGCCACCACCGCCAUGAUGACUCCCAUAGGAGCCGCCGUGCUGGCAGAACUCUUCAAGGAGGAAGACGAGCAGGCCGCUAAAGAUGAAAUGUUGAGAGUGAGAGGAGAAAGCAAUGGCGGUCUGGAGCUGGAGCCUAUCGACGUGGAGGGCCAGACGCCCGUAUAUGAAAACGCAAACGAAGUAGAAAAACAGCAAGAAGAAGACGAAGAAAAGCCCGAGUCGAGCGCGAAAGUUUCCGCCCGUCGGCAGUCCAUGCAGAAAGGACUGAUGCUGUGUAUCGCCUACGCCGCCAACAUCGGAGGCACAGCGACUCUUACCGGCACCUCUCCCAACCUCAUUGUGUCCGAGCAGAUGGAAAUCCUGUUUCCGGACAGUCCCGGAGUUGACUUCGCCACCUGGUUCUUCUUUGCGGCUCCCGGGAUGGUCAUCACUUUGAUUCUGGCCUGGCUGUGGCUCAGUUCUAUUUUUGUCGGCUGCAGAUGUGCGGAAGACUGUCCCUGUUGUGGCGGGAAAAAGAGACAAGGUGCUGAGGACGUCAUCAGAAAAGCCUACGAUGAACUGGGACCAUUGUCGUUUGCAGAAGCAGGUGUGAUCUUCCAUUUCGUUCUCCUGGUCCUCCUGUGGUUCUUCAGGGACUUGAAGUUUGUGGAUCUGGGAGACAGGCCGGCCGGAUGGUCUUAUUACUUCGUUCCAGGUUACGUCACCGAUGCCACGCCCGCUAUCAUCAUCUCGUUCGCCCUGUUCGUGUUCCCGUCCCGCCCGCCCAGGUUCCUGUGCUGUCGCAGCAAGGAUGUGUAUCAUGUUGAUGCAGAUGAGGAGAAGCCCGGUCCGGUUGAAGGCCUUCUCAACUGGCAGACCGUUCACGAAAAGAUGCCGUGGAACAUCCUGCUGCUCCUCGGAGGCGGAUUCGCACUGGCUGACGGGGUAGAGAAAUCGGGCCUGUCCGAGUGGCUUGGGGACCAGUUCAGCAAGCUUGCAGGGAUCGAGGCUUGGGCUAUCUGCCUGAUUGUGUGCAUCGGAGUCGCCACUUUCACAGAGGUGGCCAGCAACGUCACAGCUACAAGCAUCUUCAUUCCCAUCCUGGCAAAGAUGGCAGAGGGAGUCUGUGUGAACCCGUACUUCCUGAUGGUCCCAGCUGGCAUUGCGGCCUCCUUCGCCUUCAUGUUGCCCGUGGCAACGCCGCCGAACGCCAUCGUCUUCUCAUACGGAGGGAUAAAAGUGUCUGACAUGGUGAAGACUGGAUUCCUGAUGAACCUGACAAGCCUGCUGGUUCUCAUGGUCAUGAUCAACACCCUGGGAGUUCCCAUCUAUGGCAUCAACGAAUUCCCCUCCUGGGCCGUCUGCAGGAGUGGAGCAUUAGCUGGAAACACCACGAUGAGCCCUACACUGAUGACAACUACCUUGUAGAAUGGACAACACAAUGGACACUUAUGGAUUGUUUUUAGACAAAUGAAAAUCUGAAAGCAUCUGCCUUACCGAAAAUGUGUCUUAC